AUGUCCCCUUCUCCGCGCGCGACUCAUCGCUCUCCCAAACGUCGCCCGUUGCAUGAACGUUCGGACUCGCAGUCGAACGAGGUAGCGGCUCCCAAUGCCCGACUGUUACAGGAAAAGGAAUCAUGGAGGUACUCCAGAAAUCCUUAUCCAAUCCAUUCCUCGCAGGUCUUGACUCCAACCGGCUCAUAUGCUCCUGUCUUUGACGAUGAAGAUACCUUUUACCAUCAUGACGUCCACCGUGUGUUUCCAACAAAGGAGGAAGAAGAAGCUAGUGCGCCAGCACCGUUGAGGAUUCAGAAAAAGACAAAGGAAGAGUUUCAUACAAGCAGCGCUUCCGAGUCUGAACUGCCCUCCCUCUAUUCUUCGGCAGACUUCUCUGGAUUUACUCUGCCAUCUUCACCACCUAUGUCUCAAUCAUUGCAACAACGCGAAUGGACCAUCUGGAAAGAACAGAGCGAAGGAUCCCGAGUCAGCUCAGGCGCAAUUGACGGCGCUGUUCGAGAUCUCAUGAACAUGCCAUCGCCAUCCCGCUUCCCCGCCGCGCAUCCAACAAUGCGAAGGCUAUCCUCUAACCCAUCCAACGUAUCUAUCGCCUCUUCCGCCUCGUCGGACACCCUUGAGCCUCGGUUGCACACAGGUUCGUCGAAUCGACGACCAACUUCGGCCUAUCGGUACUCGUCAUUGCUCCCACCAAUCCAAACCUCGCCAGCAGGCUCGCGAGCAAGCUUGGAUGGCGCACAGGACGCGGCUCAGUCAUAUCCAGAUUCACCAGGACCCCAAAGCCCCGUGUCUGUGUCCCCCGAGGAUCGUCUAUCAAUAUCGGAGCCGCACGCUUCAUCCCACGCUUCUUUUCAUGCGGUUGUUGAAAACUCCCCACAGGUUCAAUAUCCAGUUGUCCAGCCCCCAGCUGCAUCUGCCUCCUGGGCGGAUAAUUCAAUAACCAUCCCGAAACGAAAUGCUGGCCUGUACCAGUCGUAUGCUGGCAGACUCCAUCAAUGGACGCCGCGGUCAUCUGGCUUUGUUCCUCCCGAAGUUGAACAAUCUCAGGAGAGCGACGAGAAAGGGAAACAGCCCAUUCGUGCGGCUAGGCCCAAUUCUCGGCGAGACACGACAGAUUCUACAAUUCGCGUCGUAAAUGAGAGAAAUUCGGCCCGAAUCCCGAAACGUCAAAGGCAGUCUCGACCUGGAACGGCCGGUCUUGCGAGUAUCCCUUCGGUCACUUCACCGCCCAGCAGUCGCGGCAACCCACAAGUACGACCGAGCUCACGGAGUAGCUUUCUCAUCUAUGGAAUCCCCCAAUGGGCAAGGAUAUAUUAUAGCCGGUACGGUCGAGACGGAUCGCUGCCAAAUACUCCUGUACACGGCCAACCCAUCAUCGAAGGUACAUUUCCCAUACCAGACGCCCAAGAAGGAGGACAACCCCGUAGUCACGUUACCGGUGGCAUGGGCGGAAGGACGUCCCAUAUUCCCGACCCAAUGCUGCAGCGCGACGAAAUCCGUAUCGAUGGCUCUCCCCAAAGCGACACCUGGACGCCACAUCUUCAGCCAGAUAAACAAGCAGGAAUGAGAAAGUCCUACUGGAAAGCGCCCUCUUUUGCAUCUCGAAAGGAUAGAAGGAAGACGAAUAGACGCAACGUUGAACUGGCAGCAUUUUGCAUAGGGUUCAUCUUCCCACUUGCUUGGGUUGUUGGCGCGUUUCUGCCCCUUCCUGCCUGCCGCACACCGGAAAUGCAAGGGGCGGAAGAAUCUCCUGACGUCGAGGCAGCGAUAACAGAGUCCACGGACUCUGAGUUGUACCGCAACGCGCGAUGGUGGCGAAAUGUCAAUAGAGGCAUGUCCGUCAUUGGCUUGCUGAUAAUCGCUGCAAUUAUUGCGCUUGCGGUUGUCGGAGUUCACGCAUGA